AAAAUCAAACUCAUGUGCCUUUAGUCGCAAGCCAGGCGGCACUCAAGAAGCAUCAAGUUUAUAAGGUACAUUAAACAAGAUGUUCGCGAAAUUCGCGAUAAUCUUGUUAUCAUUGUACCUCGCCAGUGCUACAAAGCAUGAAACUGUGACGAAAUCUUUUCAAUUUCCAAAUAAAAAAUUAGUAUUGGCCGAACCGUCUUUCAACGAUAAGUCAUUGGUCUACGCCUUGUGCGCGCAAUCGUCAAAGCAAUGUACCAUUGUACAAGAAAUCAAUCCGUUUGUCAAGACGCCGAUUACGAAAAAAUGUGAACUCACACUUCAAGUCGACGACGUACAACUAAUAGUUAGUGCAGGCAAAGACAAAGCCAUUCUUAUCACUCAAGAGUUAAAAGGUAAGUCGAUAAUGUUGAAGGCGAUCACCGUGCAUUUGGCCAAUUGUAAAACUGCCGAAGAAGAGUUAUUUGAAAUUCCAUCAAAUUGGAAAGGCAUUCAGUUGUAUCGUAAAAAUAUCGACGUUGUUGUGUUUGAAAAUGGCUUUGAGAUUGUUAUCAAAGGAUUGAGUCAGAUUUGCAGUACAGCUGACAAGAAAUUAUACUGCGGUUUUAUCUUCGAUGCUGAAGGGAAAAAAUUGGAAGGUCCAAUUAUUUGGCCAAAGCUAAAAUAUACCGAUAUCAGCAUUGGUUCGCCAAUCAUGGCCGACGUACAAGGAAACGGAUACUUCUUCGUUAAUGAGGAAGAUUCGUUAAUUGGAAUAAAAGCUGAUCGUCAAGCUAGUGAUACUUACACGAAGCUAUGGGGACCUCAAAAGCUUUAUGCAGACCAUUGGACUGGAGGAUAUUCAACCGCCAACACCGUCAUUGGUAUGUGCUACGCUGAGAAUUCAACCAUUAGAUGUUGGCAAAAUGAUCCUCAAGGUGGUGUGUUAAUGAAUGCGGAAGUCGAUUUCAAACAUCAGCACAAAAUAGCACAUCUCUAUGUUCAUAAUUUACCCAAUCGUGAAUGGCUUUUGCUGAUGAUUACUUGUCCCGAUCGUGUUUGUUCUGGUACUGAAGAUCAUUACUACCUGAUGAAACUUGAUGCUCAAGGAAAAUUGUCCAAACACAUUGAUAUCAAUAUCAAGAGUAAUUGUAACGCUAAGAAUGGCAAAAUUAUGGCUAAAGUAUUCGAAAAUGAAGAGGGUCUGUAUUGUACAGCGAGAUUAUGUAAAAAUUUACCUACAGAUGAAGCGAAGUUUGAAGCCACGAUCGAUUGUUAUACCGAUGAUCACUUCAAACAGUAAAUUGUCAAUUGUUUAAUUCUUUUGAUAAAACAGUUUAUUCUACAGGUUAGAAAAAUUGUAUGUACACAUGUUGAAAUGAAUACAAAAGCUAAAUGACGCAAUGACAACUAAUUGCUAUAUAAAACAUAUGACAACUAA